UUUUUAAAGCAUGCUUGAAUUUCAAGACGACCACUUGAUAGCUGAACAAAAGAUUAGUUUGCCUUCCUUACCCCAAGCAAAAUCAUCUCCUCCUGGAGGCGGUGAGAGGUGGGGCAUGGAGAGAUGAGUAAAGUUGCUGAUCAUCUGGGCUGUGAUCCUCAAACCCGGUUCUUUGUCCCUCCUAAUAUCAAACAGUGGAUUGCCCUGCUGCAGAGGGGAAAUUGCACAUUUAAGGAGAAAAUAUCGCGGGCUGCUUUCCACAAUGCAGUUGCUGUCGUCAUCUACAAUAAUAAGUCCAAAGAGGAGCCAGUCACCAUGACUCACCCAGGCACUGGCGAUAUUAUUGCUGUCAUGAUUACAGAACUGCGGGGUAAGGAUAUUUUGAGUUACCUGGAGAAAAACAUCUCUGUACAAAUGACAAUAGCUGUUGGAACGCGGAUGCCGCCAAAGAACUUCAGCCGCGGCUCUCUGGUCUUCGUGUCAAUAUCCUUCAUCGUGUUGAUGAUUAUUUCUUCAGCAUGGCUCAUAUUCUACUUCAUCCAGAAGAUCAGAUACACAAAUGCUCGCGACAGGAACCAGCGUCGUCUUGGAGAUGCAGCCAAGAAAGCCAUCAGCAAAUUGACAACCAGAACAGUGAAGAAGGGUGAUAAGGAAACAGACCCAGACUUCGAUCACUGUGCCGUCUGCAUAGAGAGCUAUAAGCAGAACGACGUUGUCCGGGUUCUCCCCUGCAAGCAUGUUUUCCACAAGUCCUGCGUGGAUCCCUGGCUUAGUGAACACUGUACCUGUCCUAUGUGCAAACUGAACAUUUUGAAGGCCCUGGGAAUUGUGCCAAAUUUGCCCUGCACUGAUAACGUAGUGCUCGACAUGGAAAGGCUCACCAGGACCCAGGCCGUGAACCGGAGAUCCGCCCUCGCUGACCUCGCCAGCGACAACGCCCUCGGCCUCGAGCCGCUUCGCACAUCGGGGAUCUCGCCUCUUCCCCAGGACGGGGAGCUCACGCCGAGGACGGGGGAGAUCAACAUUGCAGUGACAAGUGGUCACUUCUUUCAGCGCAGCUCUCUGUCCCCUCGGAGCCUGGUGUAUGAAAGUGAAUUCUCCACACUCGAGCCUUCCUUGGACAUGUAUGAUGAGAACAAAACCUGAUUUUUUACAAAGGGGCCGUUGGGGGUCACCUCUUCUGUGAUUUGAUUUACGAUCACCUUCCUUGUUUUGUAUUCUUCUGUCAGCGUCUGUUUUGGAAGAAUGGCAGCGCUUUCCCAGCUCAGGUGGGGGCUCAGGGGUAAGUUGCAGAGUUCGUCCCUGGUGAGGCUUUGAGAACAGCCUUGGUUCCCAGGUGACCUGGUGGCAGCCAAACCCCGCCCAAAGCUGGCCACUGACCAUGGCCCCGACAAGCCUGGCUGUUUGCAGAGGAGGCAGCCCAGGGUUCAUGGUGCAUCGUGAACAUGUGUCUGAAGAGCCACGUGCUGUCUGUGCCGGGCAAUGCUGGCAUUUUUAAAUACCUUUGUGCUCCUCACUUAUGACGCAUCCUAACGCCCACAGGCGCGCUUCUUACCGACGUGGGCACGAGUUGCUGCUGCAUGGCCCACUCUGUAUUUCCCUGUCUCUCAAUCUACUUCCUGUUAAAAGGCCUCUUUCUGAAGGUUCCUGAGAGAAAGCCUCCCCUUUUGUCCCUCCUCUGAGACUGACCACCCAGCACAGGCUGUGCCGGACAGGCAUCGUCCCCACGGUCACAUAGCAUGACAGAAGGUGUCACGCGCUUCUGUGACCACCGAACACUGAAGGCUCUGUCCCCGAGGCCUGUGACUUAUUUGCUUGGCAGCCACUGAGGCGCAUGGGGAGGUGGCACCCAGGAGGCCGGCCUGGCAAUCACCCCCACGUGACAGCCAGUGGGUGUCAAUAUCGGAAGGGUUCUGCGUGCUUUUUUCUAGAAGAUCGAUCACCCCCUCGCCGGCAGACACCGGACGGGCACCUCGCUUCAGGCUUCACCGGUCCAGCCCAGUGCCCUCCGCCAGCCUCGGGUGGGAUGAGGAAGGCGCGGGAGCUUACAGAAGAAGGCGGUGGCCCGCGCAGCGCAGAUCUGGGUCUCGUGCCCUGACUCACCUGGGAUGACAUCAUGUUAACCUCCCAAGAAACAUGCAUUUUAAGAGUAAUCCCAACACGGAAUCACCAUGAGCAAAUUUACGAAACAAAUCUAGACAUCCUUGUUGCUCAAGGACGCACCCUAGUCCAGCUGUCUCUCCUGGUGACACCGCGGAGAGUGCCAGAGCCCGCCUGUCUGUUUAUGAGGACGGACCUUCAGUCUCUGUACCCCAAGAGUUAGACCAGCAGCAAACCGCCUGCGUCCCCAAGCCGCCCUUCUCACGGACCCGCCGGGCAGGAGUGUGAGGGGACCCUCGCCCUUCCCCACGCCCCGGCUUCUCUUUCACAGCCUCUCUGCUUGCGAUUUGUUGCUAAGAUGCCUCAGACACAGUUAGGCCCGGAGCAAAGCCCGCCCAGAACCAGCGGAGCGGCCUGCGGCUCCCGUCUCGGCAGGUCUGGGGUUUCAUCGCUCCAGGUUGGAACAGUGCAGAGUUUUAAGGUCUUGGCAGUUUUUCUUUUUCCCUUUAACCAAGGGCUUUUGUUCGUUUCCUAGUUAUAGUCACUGCACUAUACAAAUAUUUUUUAUAAAAAACAGCUUCAGGAAGCCCCGUUCAUGGACAGGUUGGCCACCGGCUUGGCGAGAGAACGGAGUCCGGGCGGCUGGGCGCCGUCUGGCCUGCGGAGGCCCCAGGCUCGUGCCCGCCUUGGGGUUUGGUUCGGCUCCUCCCGUGGGAAAGGGGCCGCUCUCGCCAUGGGCACCACACCGGCUUUUCUGAACCAGAACUCAGAUCCCAGCACAGCGUUUUCUUCCGACCUGUGCGGUCUCACAAAAGCAGUCACUUUCAAUUAAAUUACUUGGGAAGAAAUGUAAAAUUCAGGCCCCUAAAAAGCCA